UAAGCACGUACCAAGUCGACUUUGGAGAAUAUGGUUUUGCCGUAGAGUGAAGAGGAAAAAUCUUGUAUGUGAGGAAUGGGGUAGCGAUCAGGUACUGUUACAUUGUUCAAACCACGAUAGUCUCCACAGGGACGCCAGUCACCAGAUGUGGGCUUUGGAACCAUAUGAAGGGGCGAGGACCAGCUCCUUUCAGAGGGGCGAAUGAUUCCAAGCUGGAGCAUAUGGUCGAAUUCGGCUUUUGCAAUCUUCAAGCGGUCAGGAGCUAGGCGUCGUGGACGACAGAAAACUGGUGGGCCAGUUGUGCGAAUGUGAUGAGUGACUGAAUGCUUGAUAGUAGCUUCGUUGUAGGAGGGACGGGUUAUAUCCGGAAAUCUCUUGAGCAGCGAGCUGUAUGGUAUUGCAGCUGGAAAACAAAACACAGGGCUGGGUGAGGAUGCUGAAGAAGAAAUACCACGAAUACUGAGGCUGGUAGUAGUGUCGAUGAGGGUGCGAUUACGAACAUCAACCUUGAGUCCAUAGUGGGCAAGGAAAUCAGCACCAAGAAUUGGCGUUGGAAUGUCAGCAAUGAAUAUCCAUCUGUACGUACGGCGAAGGCCGAGAUCUAAUGUCAUAGAUUUUUCACCAUAAGUGGAGAUGGUGGAUUGGUUGACAGCUUGGAGAAUUAAUGAAGAAAGAUGACGUUUUUCAGCAGGACUUAGAGGAAAAACACUCACAUCAGCGCCAGUAUCCACGAGAAAACGUGUACCAGUUGUACGAUCUGUGAUGUAAAAGAGGCGACUGUUGUGUUGAUGGCCAGUUGGACUUGUCGCCGCUAGUCUCUGGCUUGGAAGUUUUCCGACUGGUGAAGAGAAGCAGAGGCCUUAAAUGAGCAUGGUGGAUUGCAUUUGCGAGCGGCGGAUCCAAACUGUUGAUGGUACCAACAAAAUGGGCCUGAUGAGGUGGAAAAGCGGGAGAAAUUACGUGAACCAGAGCGUGGGGGACUGCGACCACGUGAGCGAGAGCGAGAACGAUAGCGAGACGAGAUCUGUAGUUGACUAAUGACAUUGGUCAAUUGAGUGGUCAAAUUGUUUACGUGGAGUCGCAAGUCUUCAAUCUCUUUUCGUGCAGAAGACUCUGGAAAUGGAGAUAUGGCUGCCAGGGAGUGCUGCGGAGGAGCAACGUCCAAGAUUUUGUCCGCGAGCGAGGCCAAGUCAUCUAUGGAGACAGUGUCUGGAGUGGAGGCAAGAAUGAGUUUUACAUUUGUCGGCAAACGUUGGAGAAAAAGAUGUCUCAAGAGGCCGUCUUCUAAGGGGUUGUCACCCAAAAGUUGUCGCAAUUUUCGUAGGAAUUGGGAAGGCUUCUUAUCACCUAAUUCUUUGGAGAUCAGCAACUGUUGUAAUCGCUGUUGUUCUGAGGCGGAAGUACGUCUGAUAAGGUCAGUUUUUAGAGUGUCGUGCGGACGAUCAGCAGGAGGCGAAAGAAUUAAAUCACGGAUUUCUUGAGCAAUUUCGGGACUAAGAGAGGAGAUGACAUAGGCAAAUUUUGUGUUCUGUGCAGUGAUUUGUCGUGUAAGAAAUUGAGCUUCAACUUGGGCGAAUCAGACUGCAGGAUCAUUUGGCCAAAAUGGAGGAAUUUUGAUGCUAACUGCAGCAACGGCAUGAGAAGCGGUGCUUGAUGGUGUUGACGAGGAACUAGGAGAGCUGGUCGUGGCUGGGUUAUCAUUCAUGAUGAAAGUGAAACGAGAAAGAACCAGAAAACGAGACAAUCCUGGCAAAAAGUUUGGUGAAAAAUAAAAAACUUUACCGUCCGCGUUCGGGAAUACAUGACUAAAGAGACCUAAAGUCACCAACAUGAAACUUUUCAGUUUGACUAAUUCUAAAUUUAUUUUGCGUAAAAUCCGUAAAGGGAUUUUUAUUGAAAGGGCAUUGUCGCAUUAUUUUUUAUAUUUUUUAUAGAAUAUUGAGAAGGACUGGGAAAAGGGGCGGAGGAAAGGGUACCACUUUGAAGGGAGAAUUCUUUUGUUUAUUGGUUGAAUCCGAAUCCCGUGAGAACUUUGUAGCUGCAACGAUCAAGUAGCUACAAUGGCGCAAAAUUCUUCUGAUGCUAAGGAGAUAAAUUUAGUGAAGGAACCGAGAGGUAAAGCCAAAAAGUGAUUAACUUUUUCUAAAUUAAAAUCAUGUUUUGAAAAUAUAUGUUUAUGAUAAUGUUUAAUCAAAAGAUGCAUAUAAGCUUCUUCGCAAUGUUUUAAUCCUUAAUUUGAUGUAUAAAACUCAAAUUGAAAUAAUAGGUUACAAUGGCUAUUAUUACUAAUUGUAUCCAGCCCCAUAACAGGCAAAUCAAAAGACGCUGAAACAAACUUGAUUUAAUGACGUUUCAUCAUUACAAUGUGUAAAACUGUGCAUACCUUUAAUUCAAUUGCACUCUUUGCUAUUAAAUUUCAAAAGCACGAUUUUGCAAACAUAAACUCUUAAUGCGGUAUCCAAACAGAACUAAAUGAUCUUCAUUGAGCUAUUUUUUCAAUCACCUUGACCAGUUCGUCUAAAGGAUACCAAAAUACUGGAACAUACGACAUAGAUGAUUUGGAGUCGUCGGAAUCCUACAAAGCAAAAUGGAAGGCAAUAUAUGUCAUUUACUUGGUAUCCUUUUCCGGUGCUAUGGACUUCACAAGCACCAUGCCGUCACUUUGGCCAUACAUACAAAAGGUGGAUCAAACAGUGAGCACAAGAUUUCUCGGCUUAAUAAACGCUGGCUUUCGUGCUGGCCAGGUGACUGGUUUAGUUAUCUUUAGUGUUUGGUCCAAUGCCCGUGGUGCCAAAAUACCUCUACUGGCAAGCCUCCUAUUUAGGUUCUUUGGGGACUGUUUGUAUGCUUUUGCCGAAGGGUUUCCAAAAAACAGUGGACUUGUGAUGAUUCUGAUUGCAAGAGUUAUUUGUGGAAUAGCAAGAGGAGAUUUGGCUGUGUGCCGUACUGUUGUGGCACAAUCAACAACAACGAAAGAAAGACGGACAGCUUUUGCCACACUUUUCACAAUUUAUGCCAUUGGAUUCUCCGUUGGCCCAGGUUUACAAGCCUUGCUUGCAGUGGUUGUUGGCAAUGGAAUCCAUACCUCGUUUGUAAACAUUGACUUUUUGAACGCUCCCGGCUGGGUUGGAAUAUUCAUACAAGUUAUUUGUGCUAUUUCAUUGUUGAUUUGGUUUAGAGAACCUAAAAAAAUUGGAUCUGACAAUAAAGAAAGUUCAAAGGAUUUGCAAAAACCGGACAACUUUGCUCUCAUUAUAAUCUUAAUGACUUACUUUGUCAACUGUGUGGUAUUUUCAUCAUUAGAAACGUUCACUGCUUCAAUGAUGAAUAGUGAGCUGGCGCUUACAAAAUCAGAAGCUGUUUUCGAUGCUGGCCUCUUGCUGUCUUCCGUUGGACCAAUUGCACUUAUUUCGUUACCUUUAAUAAGAUGUACUUCAAACAGGCUUGCCGAGAGAAGUAUAAUUCUGCUAGGGUGCACAAUUUCAUUGCUAGGGUUUAUCAUAUUUUUACCCUGGGGAAACACACAUCCAACUCUACAAACAACAGAACAAACAACGCUUGGGAAUGUGACAAAAACAAUAUGGAAACCAGGGUGUCCACCAAAGUUCCAGUGGUGCCAAAAUGCACCUAAAAUACACCUUGCGCAAUUCAUAGUUGCAGAAUUGAUGAUAAUUUUUGGCUUCACGUUGCCAUAUCUGGUUACAAAUGGAUUGUAUUCAAAAAUUAUUGGUCCGAGAAAGCAGAGCUUCUACAAUACAGUUUUGUCUGUUUCUACAUGUGUUUCGGGAAUCACAACACCAUUGGUGAUGACAUGCAUCUAUGAAACCUACGGACCAAGAUACGUCUUCAUCACAGUAGCCGCUGUUGAGGCAGCUUGCAUCGUCAUUACUAGCUAUUUCUUCAACAGAUUAGUGCCUUUUGAAGAAUAUGUCGAAUGUAAACUAGGGUUGAAGAAAAGUAAAAAUUAGCUACUUUGAUCUGCUGUGAUUCAUAUUUUACGCUCGUGUCUGUAAUAAAUUCAUUAAUCUCGUGUAUAAAGAACUUGCAAGGUGUAUACAACAAAGCACUUCCUACUAAACGUAAGACAGUCUAUGUCCCCUUUAUUAGCACUUUCAUGGCUGCAAAGGUCCCUAGAAAAUAUAGUGUCAACGGCAAAAUUGAAUUGUUAUACGAGCAUUUUUUAAAUUAAAAGCAGUCAAACGAUUUUAAGGAGAGAAACAUCUGUGGUAUGUUCAUAUCUGACAAGAUGUUCUAUUUGGCUUCUAAGCAAUUAUCAUCAGUAACAUAGCGUUUGAAGAAGUUUCAGUUUUGUUGGUUCACCUAUGAUAUAUAGUUCAUCAAAAGUGGCUCUUUAGAAUUAGCAUUAUGUAUAUCUUUGUUAUCAAAAUGUAUUUUUCUAAGUUUAUGGGUACUUCACAUACUGCUAGACAAUAGAAUGAUCUUAAGAUUACCCCAAAAGUAAGUUACAUUAAGAAAGGCUAAAUUCACAUUGCACAAUCUUUUUAGCACCUUUAUAACACGUGCAGAUUCCCACUAUACUAAUCCCCUUGGAACGUGGUCUUAAAUGGUGUUGCAAAAUUAUUUUUUUUAAUUUUUGAACUUUAAGACCCCAUAACCCGAAAAGGUGCAAUUUCACUUCAUAGAAAAUAAGAAAUGACUUUUCUCGUCUAUUAUCUAAUGAUAUAGCCCAUUUCAAAUAUAUUUUUCUUAAUUUAUCUGCUUGGCGUUUAGAACCUGAAUUUUUUAUGCUCAGUUUGUCAAUUGAAUUGAAUUCGUAGAAAUGACAAUUUAAAUGAAUUAAAUUUCUCUCUCCUUGGUAAUGCAAAAUUAUUACUGUUUGUCACGAAAAUCUACACGGAAAUACCUCCGAAGACGUCUUUGCUAAAAAAUUAAUCAUAGAACGGACAGUAACAUCAUAAAUGAAACCGUUUGUGAUGCACGAUGUAAGCAAUGCAUAUGACUCUAUAGAUGGAACAACACUGAUCCAAGGAUCCCCCCUUCCCAGCGAUAGUUACAGGAGUGCGAGUGAAUUUUUUGACCAAAAUUUUUUAGCAGAACAGGCUGCUUUUUUUCACCUGACCCAUAUGGGGCGUGACCAUUCAAUUUGAGAUAGAGGCUAGAUAUUUUUGUCUUGUUUUUACCAAGGCUAACUUUCCUAGAAUUCAUUGGGGGCUUCGAUAGAAUUUUUGUCUUUACCAAGGCUAAUUUUACCUUCAUUCAUUGGGGGUUUUAAGAGAAUUCUUGUCUUUUUCGAGGCUAAUCUAUGUACCCUACCUCAGGGCCACUGGCAAGCCCGCGUAGCGGGCUUCGUAGGGGAGCUAGUCUUCCGUUAAUUGAAAGUUGCUGCAAAACAUUUGCAAGCCCAGGUCUAUUCGUGUACCUCGUUUAAAUAUUUUAAUGGUUUACCAACUAAGUCUCUUGUUUAUUCUAAUUUCAGUGCUUGAAUUUUCCAUAUAAUUAUUUCAUUUAUUCCUCGACGACUCAUGGGCUCUUUGACACAUUUUCAUGUGAUUGUUCCCAGGAGCUCUUCUAUUCAUUUAGAAUCAAAAUUCAAACUUUCCUAGCAAU